AUGUCAGGACCAAAAAUCGCCUGUAUUGGUGUUAUCGGAAAGAGCGACAACCCGCUGCAUUUGUCCCUUUUCCCGCCGUAUCUGAAUGCGACCAUUGAGUUCUCGUUUCUAUUGAACUCCUCUCUUGAUAUAUUUGAAAUACGCCAGAAGCAGACCUCUAUCGAUCAGGAUCUUGGGCUACUCCAUGCCGUUGAUGAGCGGCUAGCAUCUUAUGGCUGGCUGACAACUACUGGUAUCAAAUUCAUCAUCGUUGUUGACUUUAUCGGUGACCAGGAUGCCAACGACGCUCGGGGGGCUACACGGCCUAACUUUAGGGAAUCAGAUCUAAAACAUGCCUUUCGAGCGCUCCAAACUGCUUAUAUACAACUUCUGCAAAAUCCCUUUUAUUCCCCGGAUAGCCAUACCACCAUGACCAACGGGGCUCUACAGGCUGCGAAGUUAUCGCAUAUUACGGACCAGAAGUUCAUCGCCGAGGUCAACCGAAUAGGAAGUUCCUGGACGCCCGGCGCUACUAGUCUAUAA